UUUGGCGUAAGGUGGGGCGUAGAGCCUUCCCGCUAUUGGCGGCGGAUAGGGCGUUUACGCGACGGCCUGACGUAGAGGAAGACGCUUUAGUGGGGGGGAAGGUUCUAGAAAAGCGGCGGCAGCGGCUCUAGCGGCAGUAGCAGCAGCGCCGGGUCCCGUGCGGAGGUGCUCCUCGUAGAGUUGUUUCUCGAGCAGCGGCAGUUCUCACUACAGCGCCAGGACGAGUCCGGUUCGUGUUCGUCCGCGGAGAUCUCUCUCAUCUCGCUCGGCUGCGGGAAAUCGGGCUGAAGCGACUGAGUCCGCGAUGGAGAGAGAAAAGGAACAGUUCCGUAAGCUCUUUAUUGGUGGCUUAAGCUUUGAAACCACAGAAGAAAGUUUGAGGAACUACUACGAACAAUGGGGAAAGCUUACAGACUGUGUGGUAAUGAGGGAUCCUGCAAGCAAAAGAUCAAGAGGAUUUGGUUUUGUAACUUUUUCAUCCAUGGCUGAGGUUGAUGCUGCCAUGGCUGCAAGACCUCAUUCAAUUGAUGGGAGAGUUGUUGAGCCAAAACGUGCUGUAGCAAGAGAGGAAUCUGGAAAACCAGGGGCUCAUGUAACUGUGAAGAAGCUGUUUGUUGGCGGAAUUAAAGAAGAUACUGAGGAACAUCACCUUAGAGAUUACUUUGAGGAAUAUGGAAAAAUUGAUACCAUUGAGAUAAUUACUGAUAGGCAGUCUGGAAAGAAAAGAGGCUUUGGCUUUGUUACUUUUGAUGACCAUGAUCCUGUGGAUAAAAUCGUAUUGCAGAAAUACCAUACCAUCAAUGGUCAUAAUGCAGAAGUAAGAAAGGCUUUGUCUAGACAAGAAAUGCAGGAAGUUCAGAGUUCUAGGAGUGGAAGAGGAGGCAACUUCGGCUUUGGGGAUUCACGUGGUGGCGGUGGAAAUUUUGGACCAGGACCAGGAAGUAACUUUAGAGGAGGAUCUGAUGGAUAUGGCAGUGGACGUGGAUUUGGGGAUGGCUAUAAUGGGUAUGGAGGAGGACCUGGAGGUGGCAAUUUUGGAGGUAGCCCCGGUUAUGGAGGAGGAAGAGGAGGAUAUGGUGGUGGAGGACCUGGAUAUGGCAACCAGGGUGGGGGCUACGGAGGUGGUUAUGACAACUAUGGAGGAGGAAAUUAUGGAAGUGGAAAUUACAAUGAUUUUGGAAAUUAUAACCAGCAACCUUCUAACUACGGUCCAAUGAAGAGUGGAAACUUUGGUGGUAGCAGGAACAUGGGGGGACCAUAUGGUGGAGGAAACUAUGGUCCAGGAGGCAGUGGAGGAAGUGGGGGUUAUGGUGGGAGGAGCCGAUACUGAGCUUCUUCCUAUUUGCCAUGGAUCUUUUAGAUGCUGCUUCUUCAAUGCAAGGAAAGGAAAUAACCCCAGCGAGGUACUCUUCAGGGACACAGGUCUAGUACAAGAGAACUCUUGACGGCUACUAAGUUCAGCCAGUCUUAAAAAACUGUGCUGUUUCUACAAAACUUUAACUACAGUAGUUUAUAAGGAUGCCAACGAAAGCUGAGGGUGUAGAGCAAAAUAGUUCUAAGCUUCAGUUAAACUUCUUUAGGUAAGAUCUUAUUUACUUUUCCUUUCUUAAUUUUCCUCCCUAAAAGAUAAACUAAUACUCUUAAAUGGUCUUUCAGUAUAGUGGUUCUUACGUAGUUUAACAUAGCUAUAAAUUGAGUUUAACAAUUUAUAAACUCAAGAGAAUAAUUUUUAUAAACCCUGUUUUCCAAUCUGUCAUUUACUUAAAUUAUUUUGGUUGUGUUUCCCUUUUUUUCCUUCUUUUCCCACCCCCUCCCCCUCCAUGUGAAGAUUUGGGUGCUUAACAUAUCAUUUUUUUCCCUGCCGGAAUUUUAGCAUUGAUAUGAACCAUGGACAAGUAUAUUCUGCUGCCACAAAGACUGUAAAGUGCUUCAUUUCAACAGCUGAGGCAAGCCAAGUGAUCAUUAAUAAAGCUUUUCUUGGUUCCUUCAGUGGUGUUGGUAGUAAAAUGGUAGGUAAAAGUUAGGCUGCAAGUUCAAUAAAUCAUGAGAUUUCCCAUCGUUACACUACCCUUGUGUAUUCACAUUUCUUGGAUCAAACAUUUUGAGUGAACUAGGGGUUUUUAUUAAAGACAUUUGUUGUAUUUAUGGUUGUAACUGUACAUGCUUAUCAGGAUGAGACUGAAAGAAGGUAGGGCAAAAAUGGUUGAAUCUAUUUUCAGAUAGUAGUUCAUACUUGAGUGAAGUGUCUUGUCUACAUUAUGAAGCCUGGUAUGUAUCCAGUACUAAAUAGGUGGGUUAAAUGUGGUAAUUCUAGUUCAGUGUCUUACCCUGAAGAGAAAGUUGUAGGUUGGCUGUUGAAAUUCAUUCCUUAGAUAUGAUCAGUUUGAUUGCCCGGCUUUAUUGCCUUUACAGGAAUGUGAUACUCAGGGCUUACUCUAUACACCAAUGAGUCUUCUUUGAUCCUAAGACCACCACUGAAGUUGUUUAGGUUCUUUUGGACAAACAUGAUAAACUUCUUCAGAUACUUUUUUUUUCCUUUGGCAGGAAGGUGUCUUGCUGCAGGUAACUAAUGAAGAAGUGGUCAACCACAGAGUCUUCAAGAAAUAAGAAAUUCUGUACCAUCUGAAAGUAGUUCUUGUUGGUGCCUUCAUUUAAAAAGCACUCCUUAAAAUAAAAGGGAAAUGUUUUCUGAUAAAACAAACAUUUAGUUGAGGUUCUUGAUAUAAAACAAUUACAAAAUGAGUGUUGUUUGUAAAACAGUAACAUCAAAUUGGCUUAGAGAGAUAAAUGUAUCAUGUUUUAAAUUAGGUUUUGUGAGUAGACAGAUUACAAUUCUAUUUUAAAUAUAAAGUUUAUAAAAUAAAUACUUUUUGUAUCCAAA